GAAUUUCAAUGAAACUUCGCCGUUCUACACUACUGCAUAAAAUGGGAACACAAAAAAUAUACCCUUUCCUGAAUUUCUCUUAUAUAUAUAUACACAUACACACACACAGAGCUCUGGAAGAAGCAGAGAGAAAAGGGAGAGAAAGGCCAGCGGCUGCCGGAGAUGAGCAAUGGAAUAGUAGAGUUGGCUCUCAGCAGCCUAGGCAAAGGCUUUGAUUUAACAUCUGAUUUUCGUCUCAAGUACUGCAAAGGCAAAGAGAGAUUAGUUGUGCUGAAUGAAGCAGAAAAAAGAGAGCUUUUGAUUCCUAGUUUUGGAGCUGUUAAAGAUGUAUCCAUUGAUAUCAAGUGUGAUAAAGGUGAUCGAGUUCGAUAUCAAUCUGAUAUCUUAGAGUUUCAACAGAUGUCUGAGCUUUUCAACCAGAAAUCUUCGGUGCCUGGAAAAAUUCCGUCGGGGAUGUUUAAUGCCAUGUUUGGAUUUGAAGGAGGAAGCUGGGCAGCUGAUGCAGCUACCACUAAGUUUUUGGGACUCGAUGGUUACUUCAUUGUUCUAUUUGAUGUUCAUAUUGAUCGCUAUCCGUUAAGCCUCUCCGACGAUUUCCUUAAUGCUGUUCCUUCCUUUUGGGAUCCCUGCGCGCUUGCCGGAUUCAUUGAAAAAUAUGGAACUCAUAUCAUUGUGGGGCUAAGCAUUGGAGGCCAAGACGUUGUCCUAGUCAGGCAAGAUAGGUCUUCCAACUUGGGUCCAUCUGAACUCAAGCAACACUUAGAUGACCUUGGCGACCAAUUAUUUACAGGGACGUGCAAUUUCUCACCUAAAUCUAGAAGCAAGAAGAACAAGACACCACGGGCAUUCAAUGUCUUUGAUCCACAACCUGUUAACUUCAAUAGCUUCUCAUCCAUGACUGCAAAAGAUGGAAUCACAGUGAUUUGUGCAAAGAGGGGUGGAGAUUUAUCAGCAACUACUCACUGCGAGUGGCUUCUGACAGUUCCAAACAACCCAGAUGCUAUUCAUUACAAUUUCAUACCUAUAACUUCUCUCCUUAAAGGUGUUCCUGGCAAUGGUUUCUUAUCACACGCCAUCAAUCUUUAUCUUCGAUAUAAGCCUCCUAUAUCUGAUUUACAAUACUUUCUCGAUUUUCAAUCUCACAAGAUCUGGGCUCCUAUUCACAACGACCUCCCGCUGGGUCCUACUACAAAUAUGGCUAGUCAAUCACCAGCUCUUCACUUCAACUUCAUGGGUCCUAAAUUAUAUGUAAACACUACUCAGGUUAUGGUAGGAAAAAUGCCUGUAACUGGAAUGAGGUUCUACCUUGAAGGCAUGAAAGGCAACAGGUUGGCGAUACACCUCCAACAUCUAUCGAACACUCCAACAAUGCUUGAAAACAAGAUAGAUGAGACUCAGUUCUGGAGAGGAUCAGAAGAAAGUAAUGAUGAUGGAUUCAUUGAAGCUGUUUCAAGGAAAAUGUUCUCUCAUAUAUGCACAGCACCUGUAAAAUACAACCCAACAUGGACUAGUAGAGAAGAAGAUUCAGCCUACAUUGUUACAGGAGCUCAACUUCACGUAAAGAAGCACGACUCAAAGAAUGUUCUCCAUCUUCGAUUGCUCUAUUCCAAGGUUUCAGAUUUUAUCGUAGCACAAUCACGCUGGGUUCAAGCUUCCUCUGAAUAUUCACAAAAGUCUUCAGGCUUACUCUCCGCCCUGAGCACAUCGAUUUCAGGAAAUCCUGCGAAAGAGAAACCACAGGCAGUGGUGGUGGAUUCAAGUGUGUUUCCAUCUGGACCUCCAGUGUCGGUGCAGACUCAGAAACUUUUGAAGUUUGUGGACGUGUCACAGCUGUGCAGAGGGCCACAGGAUUGCCCUGGACAUUGGUUAGUAACUGGGGCUAAGCUGGACUUGGACAGAGGGAAAAUUUGCCUUCAGGUUAAGUUCUCCUUGUUAAAUAUCUGUUCUUGAAACAGAAUUUAUUAGUUUAGUACCCUGAUUUUUUUUAUUUUAUAAUAUAGAUAAUAUACAUAUAUAGGAUCAUUCUCAAUGCCAUACCCAUACAAUUCUGUACAAAGGCUGGUGGCUUUGAGAUCAGUUUUGCAAAUUAUUUUGCUUUUAUAAAAAAUUAAUUUAUAUCAGCAUGUAGAAUAAUACAUGCUUAUCCUAAA